AACACUCACCUCCUCUCUUUCUCUCUCUCUCUCUCUCUCCCUCCCUCUAUUAUGUUAAUUAUCAAUUUGUAAUAAAGCUAAACAUCUUUCUUAGAUUCUUAGAUUCAUUCGCAUCUUUCUCAACUCCAAUCUACUCAUACAACACAUGAAAAAUUUACAGGCUCAUAACAACUUGUAGUUUCACGCUUUGUAGCACAUUUGAUUUGAUUUCUGGCUUUUCAACGAAUUUCCAAACACACAUUAUAUAUAUAAUAUUUAUGCAUUAUGUACUCAUCCAAUUCUCUUUUCUUCUUCUUCAGCCAGUAUAGUACCAAAGAAAAAGGAGGUAUAUAUCUUGGUCUUUAAUUUCUGAAACAGGCACACACAUUAGGUCAAAACUCACCGACCCAAUUGAAGACCCAUUCCAAAAUUUUCAUCUUUGAGCCCCUCCAUUCACAAGAAGCUCAAAACCUCAGAAGGGUAGGGGUGGAGUGACACAACACAAACAUUAACGCAGCCAUAAAAACAGAGAAUGAGAAAGAACAACGAGGUAGUAUUCACGCCGCAGCAAGAAGAGAAUCACGAAAUGGUGGGGAAUUUUCGUCAUUUCAAGGACAGCAUCUGGUGGCCAGUCGUGAAAUCAUUGCCACGAUCCACGGCGGUUCUCCUCUUUCCCGUCAUGCUCAUCAUCGGCGCGUUUGCUUACACGCGCACGCUCGACACACAUCGUAUGUUUUCCGGUGCAUCAUCUUCCAAAUCAGCACAAAGCACCACGCCAUAUGGCACGAGUCCUUUCACAGUCUCCAUCCGGAAGCCAAUAGCACCAUUGAACUGCACCGCAUACAACCUCACCGGAACAUGCCCCACAAACCUACAAGACCAUCAGAACAGUCCAGCCACCGCCACGUGUCCAGAUUACUUCCGUUGGAUCCACGAGGAUUUGAGGCCAUGGGCCCGCACGGGCAUCACGCAAGACAUGGUGGAGAGGGCAAAGCAAACGGCAAAUUUUAGGUUGAUAAUAUUAAAGGGUAGGGCUUAUUUGGAGACUUACUCAAGGCCCUAUCAAACAAGGGAUGUUUUUAGCAUAUGGGGGAUUCUACAAUUGUUGAGAAGGUACCCUGGCAAGAUACCUGAUUUGGAGCUUAUGUUUGAUUGUGAGGAUUGGCCUGUGGUUUUGGCUGAUCGUUACAAUGGCCCUAAUGUUGAGCAACCACCACCCUUGUUUCGCUAUUGUGGAAAUGAUGCUACCUUGGACAUUGUCUUCCCUGAUUGGUCCUUCUGGGGAUGGGCAGAGAUUAAUAUAAAGCCAUGGCAUAUUUUGUUGGGAGAGUUGAAAGAAGGCACUACGAGGAUACCAUGGCUGAACAGAGAGCCUUAUGCUUACUGGAAAGGUAAUCCAGCUGUUGCUCAAACCAGACAAGACCUCAUUAAAUGCAAUGUUUCUGAAAAUCAAGAUUGGAAUGCUCGUUUAUUUGCCCAGGAUUGGUUUCGAGAAUCACAAGAGGGGUUCAACAAAUCAGACUUGCCAAGUCAAUGCACUUAUAGAUAUAAGGUGUACAUUGAAGGUUCUGCUUGGUCAGUCAGUCAAAAAUACAUUCUGUCAUGUGACUCUACCACUCUACUUGUAAAACCUAAAUACUAUGAUUUUUUCACAAGAGGACUGAUUCCAGUGCACCACUAUUGGCCCAUAAAGGACGAUGACAAGUGCAGAUCCAUUAAGUUUGCUGUGGAUUGGGGCAAUAAUCACAAGCAAAGGGCACAUCAAAUUGGCAAGGUGGCGAGUGAUUUCAUCCAAGAAGAGGUAAAGAUGGACUACGUGUACGACUACAUGUUUCAUCUCCUGAAUUCAUAUGCUAAACUCUUCAGAUACAAACCCUCCAUAAGUGCCAAUGCUACAGAACUAUGUGUGGAGUCAAUGGUUUGUGAAGCUGAAGGAUCAGUAAAGAAAUUCAUGAUGGAAUCAUUGGUCAAGGUUCCUGCAAAUACUGACCCUUGCACCAUGCCUGUCCCUUUUGAUCCUCCAACUUUGUAUGCAACAUUACAGAGAAAGGAAAGCUCAAUUCAACAAGUUGAAUCAUGGGAAAAAAGUUAUUGGGAUAAUCAAACCAUAACAUCUUAAUGAAUAUUUUUUUUUUCCAUAUUCAACUUAACUCAUUCAUUCUUAGAAUAUCUUGGGAGGAUACAAGUAGAAUCUAGAUUAUCUUGUACUUGGCUAAAGAAACCAUAUCUUGCUUGACGAAUUAUCAGUUUUAGACUUUACGAGAAAAAAAAAUAGUUUGUUAAUUUUGUAAUGUUAUAAAAUUAUUAUUUUUGAAAAUGGAAAUGCUACAAGGUAAAUGUUCCACAGUAUCUCUA